ACAGAAGUCUAGCCAUGGAAAAAAUAAAGUGCUUUGGAUUUGAUAUGGAUUAUACAUUAGCCGGGGAGUCCAGUGUAACUCCUUCAAGACUGGAGUGACACUCAGCAUCUGCAUCUGCCUCAUUUUAUAAAUCUCCAGAGUAUGAAUCCCUUGGAUUUGACUUGACAGUUGAACGGCUAGUAUCAAUUGGAUACCCUCAAGAGCUGCUUAGUUUUGUCUAUGAUCCUACAUUCCCUACCAGGGCCAAACUACACAUUGCCGCAGACAUGGGCCAACCGCCAAAAACUGUCUCCCUGAAUCAUGUUCUCACCUCUCUCCUCUGAAUGUGCAGUUUCACUUACCUGAAAGUGAAACUAACAAUGCCAUGCAUUUCCUCUCUGCUGUGCCAAGCAGCAGCUAGUGAUGUGGAGUGGGGGCAGAGAAGCACACCAUGUGACAAUGUCACAUUGUGGAGGCCUGGUAUUUGAUUCCCUUUAUGGAAAUUUGCUGAAAGUCGAUGCCUAUGGGAACAUCCUAGUGUGUGCACAUGGCUUUAACUUCAUGAGAGGGCCAGAUAUCCGAGAGCAGUACCCUAAUAAAUUCAUCCAGAGAGAUGACACUGACAGGUUUUACAUUUUAAACACACUGUUCAACCUACCAGAGACUUACCUGUUGGCUUGUCUGGUUGAUUUUUUUACGAACUGUGCUAGGUAUUCAAGCUGUGAAACAGGGUUUAAAGAUGGAGACCUCUUCAUGUCCUUCAGAAGUAUGUUCCAAGAUGUGAGAGAUGCUGUGGAUUGGGUUCACUAUAAGGGAUCACUGAAGGAGAAGACAGUUGAGAAUCUUGGGAAGUACGUAGUGAAAGAUGGGAAACUGCCUCUGCUUUUGAGCCGCAUGAAUGAGGUGGGAAAGGUGUUUCUUGCCACAAACAGUGAUUAUAAGUACACUGAUAAAAUUAUGACUUACCUGUUUGAUUUUCCACAUGGACCAAAGCCUGGCAAUUCUCACCGGCCAUGGCAAUCAUACUUUGACCUCAUCCUUGUGGAUGCGCGGAAACCUCUUUUCUUUGGAGAAGGCACAGUCUUGAGACAGGUGGAUACGGUUACUGGCAAACUGAAGAUUGGUACCUACACAGGCCCCUUGCAGCAUGGUAUUGUUUACUCUGGAGGCUCCUCUGAUACAAUCUGUGACCUUCUGGGGGCCAAGGGUAAAGACAUCUUAUACAUAGGUGAUCACAUUUUUGGAGAUAUCCUGAAGUCUAAAAAACGCCAGGGUUGGAGGACCUUCCUAGUGAUUCCAGAACUGGCACAGGAGCUUCAUGUGUGGACAGACAAAAGCUGCCUUUUUGAAGAACUUCAGAGUUUAGACAUCUUUCUCGCUGAGUUAUACAAGCAUUUGGAUAGCAGCAGUAAUGAGCGUCCUGACAUCAGUUCCAUCCAAAGACGUAUUAAGAAAGUGACUCAUGACAUGGACAUGUGCUAUGGAAUGAUGGGAAGCCUGUUUCGAAGCGGCUCCCGACAGACACUCUUUGCCAGCCAAGUGAUGCGCUACGCAGACCUCUAUGCAGCAUCAUUCAUCAACCUCCUGUAUUAUCCCUUCAGUUACCUCUUCAGAGCUGCCCAUGUGCUGAUGCCACACGAGUCAACAGUAGAGCACGCUCAUGUGGAUAUCAUUGAGACAGAGUCACCUAUGGCCACCCGAAACCGCACAUCAGUGGACUUCAAAGAUUCUGACAAACGACACCAGCUGACCCGUUCUGUGAGUGAGAUUAAACCACCCAACCUCUUCCCUCAAACUCCCCAAGAAAUCACACAUUGCCAUGAUGAGGAUGAUGAUGAAGAAGAAGAGGAGGAGGAGGAAGAGGAAGAAGAAUAGAAAUGAAAUCUGAACACAACCUGCCAAAGUGUGGCUAUAGCAGUGAUUAGCAGGAACAGAAUCCCACUAGUCCUGGGGUAUGGGGUGGGGAUGACAACAAAAUUAACACUAAUCAGAAACCCUUUAUUCUUUACAGACUUAUUCCAACUGUAAAGGAUUUUGCACUGAGUGAGGGUAGGACCACAUACAGAUGCCUAACUGCGUUGCUUGCUCUACCUAUAGAACAUGGGAAGGAAGAGCUGCUUGUGGGUCCUUUGCUCCUCUUUCUUGUGCAUUUCUAAACUGCCUCCAAGACAUGGUUUGGAAUUGGUGCAGUGAGCCUGCCAUGGGUCCUGCAGCAAUCACAGUAGCCCAAUACCAGUUCCUCACAGCUGAUACCCUUUGACCCUUUUGGGGGAAAGAUGUAUCCUAAUAUAUAAUACUGUAUGCAUGGAAAUGGUGGCAAUUCCAGGGUCAAAUUGAACCCCAUCAAGCACAAGUUUUGUUUUUGAAAUGGUUUAAUCCUCUAAUCUCCUUCUAGUGCAGUUCUGCUUCUGCUCUUUCUGUUUGGGGCUGGUUCAAGAAAGACUAUCAUGCCACAAAUUCUUGAUCUGGCUGAUAGCUAGUUCUUCUCCUGCUGAGAUCCCAAAGCUUUUAUCAUCCCUAGUCUUGGCAUGUGGUGCAUGUAUUAUACGACCUUCAAAUGGGUCCUUAUGCCGUGUGCUUGUUCUACACUCUGAAAUUAUCUCUGCUAGUAAGAGAUAAUGUCAUGCUGUAUUUUGAUUAGGUCUCAGUUAAAGAUUAAUACUGUAUUUCUGUCUAACCCACAGUGAUCAAGAGCUAUACAGUUUGUGAAGAGAAAAGGUUUGUGUCACCUUUCCUAGCCUCUUCCUGUGGCUAACAAUUUAGGCUCAAAUUAGGAACAACAACCUGUAAGAUGCAAUGUUUCAGCUGGCAGCCGUUCUAUUCUCUGAUACAGAGUCAUAGGAGAUGGGGUAUGUGUAUAUGCACAGGCCUAGAGCCUUCAUGCAGAGGAAGAAGCCCCCUUCAGCAAAACAUCCUUAUUGCUGCCACUCUGUGCUACUGCCAUUCCUGGAAUGAAAAUGGUUGAAGGGCUGAUCCAUAUUGUUUGUAAAUGGUUCUGAGGGCCUGGCAUAGCAUUCUGGCUGUAAGUGCAGGCUGUUAAGUUAAAGCACAUUUUUCUCUUAUUCAUACAAGCAGGCAGUAAAAUGUUUCCCAAGGUAUAGAGUUCCUUACUUCUGUGCCAUUGAAGUUUGAAAGACUGAAUAGAGGCCCUAUUUUGAAGUAUUAGAAGUUUUAUUUUGAAUCACUUGAUUGUAAUUAGUUCUAUUCCAUUAUUAAAAUACGGUGAACUGUAAAUCAGCAGGAGAAGCUGGUGCUCCUGUGAUGGACCUGCAAACUAAAUAAAUCAUGAGGUUUCAUAAUAA